AUGGCUCAUAGUGCUAUCACACUGACUCCGUUCGUAGAUGGAAAACAUGCACAGGUUCGUCAUGUUGCUGAUGAGCUUAUCAGGGGCGACCCUUUGAAAUCAUGUGGGGGUAAUAAUAUUGAUCUUCCAUACUUGAAUCAUGAUUUCUUAUCAAAUGUUAUUGACAUUCUCUUUGUCAGGCCUUGGGGACUGUGUUAUGAAAUGAUUACCCAACAUACUGUGCAAAAGUACUUUAUGCCGAUAAUUGAAAAAGUACCAGGAUUCUUAGAUAAUUUGACAGAUGAUGAGUUGAAAAAAGAAGCCAAGAAUGAAGCCAAAAAUGAUGCUUUAUCAUCUAUUAUCAAGUCACUGAAAUUUCUAGCAGCUAGAGUAGCAAACCAAGAAGAAACAGUGAAAAAUCUAGAAAUGUUUAGAUUAAAAAUGAUUUUGAGGUUGCUUCAGAUAUCAUCAUUCAAUGGUAAAAUGAACGCUUUAAAUGAAGUGAAUAAAGUUAUUGCAAGUGUCUCCUACUAUACACAUAGACAUAGUGGAAUUGAAGAAGAAGAGUGGUUAACAGCGGAACGAAUGGCUGGAUGGAUUCAAAAAAAUAGUGUGUUAUCAAUAGUUCUUAGAGAUAGUCUUCAUCAACCUCAGUAUGUAGAAAAACUUGAGAAGAUUCUUAGGUUUGUUAUUAAAGAAAAGGCACUGACAAUGGAAGAUUUAGAUAACAUUUGGGCUGCACAGGCUGGUAAACAUGAAGCAAUAGUGAAAAAUGUUCAUGAUCUAUUGGCUAAAUUGGCCUGGGAUUUUUCACCAGAACAGUUGGAUCAUCUUUUUGAAUGUUUCCAGGAUAGUUGGCAACAUGCAAGUAAAAAACAAAGAGAGAAGUUAUUAGAACUGAUAAGAAGAUUAGCUGAAGAUGAUAAAGAUGGUGUGAUGGCACAUAAAGUUUUAGGAUUAUUAUGGAAUUUAGCUCAUAGUGAUGAUGUACCUACAGAUAUCAUGGAUCAAGCCUUGAAUGCUCAUAUUAAAAUUUUAGACUAUAGCUGUUCGCAGGAUCGAGAUGCACAGAAGACGCAUUGGAUUGACCGUUUUGUGGAAGAAUUGAGAAAUGAUAAGUGGGUGAUACCAGCAUUGAAACAAAUUAAAGAAAUCUGUCUUCUUUUUCCAGAAGCACCACAGAAUUACAGUCAUACGCAACGUAGUCCACAUGCCCAUUAUAAACAUGAUGUGAUUAAUUUACUACAACAUAAUCAUUCAUUAGUAACUCUGGUAGCUGAGAAUUUAUCCAGUUAUAUGAAUAAAGCUAGACACAUUGCCAAAGAACACCCAGACUAUGAUCCAAUUGAGGUGUUGCCAGGUAGUAGGUAUAGUCAUGUACAACAAGUUCAGGAAAGAUUGAGCUUUCUCAGGUUUUUAUUGAAGGAUGGUCAGCUUUGGUUGUGUGCACCACAGGCUAAACAGAUAUGGAAUUGUUUAGCAGAAAAUUCAAUAUAUGUAAAUGAUAGAGAAGCGUGCUUCAAAUGGUUUUCAAAGUUAAUGGGUGAUGAACCUGAUCUAGACCCAGAUAUCAACAAAGAUUUCUUUGAAACUAUUAUCUUGCAAUUAGAUCCAUGUCUUCUAACUGAGAAUGGUAUAAAGUGUUUUGAUAGGUUUUUUAAAGCUGUCAAUUCCAAGGAAGGUAAACUCAUAGCAAAAAGAAGAUCAUUCAUGAUGGAUGAUUUAGAAUUAAUUGGUUUAGAUUAUCUAUGGAGAGUAAUAUUGUAUGCAUCAGAUGACAUUGCUUCUAGAGCAAUUGAGCUCUUGAAAGAAACUUAUACCAACUUGGGACCACGUCUACAAGCUGUACAGAUGGAAAUUCAUGAUGAUUUUAUUCAGUCAUGUAUGGACCGAUUGAAAGCAGCUUAUGAUACCAUUACUGUCUUAGAAAAAGAUAAAGAUUCUCAGAAUAGAGUACGUCAGGAGUCCAUGCGCAUGACACGUGUCCUAACUGUACUUAGAGAAUACAUUAGUGAGUGUGAUGGAGACUACAAUGAAGAGAGAACUAUUCUCCCAAUGGCAAGGGCAUUUCGUGGUAAACAUGUAUGUUUACUGGUUAGGUUUCCUAACCAAGGAAGACAAGUAGAAGAUCUUACUUUGUGGUCCCAUACCAAUGAAUCCUUGGCAGCUGUUAGAAGACAUAUCUUGCAAAGGUUGAAGUGUAACCCUUCUACAACUAAAUUAGAUUUGUAUGUCAAUGGUGAAAUACUGGAUACUGUAGAAGAUAAAAGACUUGUUGGACAGAUACCACUAAGAGACAAAACUUUAAUAACUGCUAAGGUAUGUCAGAUUGGUACUAAUAUGCCAUCAUCUGAUAGUUCAUCAGAUUCAUCAGCUGGUUCACCACAUAAUCCUUAUGAUGGUCCAAAUAUUGAUGCUGAGUGUUGUCUACCUGGAGUGUUAAUGGCAACCAAUGCACCACGGUAUGCACAGUUUCUAUGGCAGUUGGCAGAUCUUGGAGCUCAGUUAGACGUAGCUCAGUUGAGAGAUGGAGCACAAAGUCUGCUUAAAUUGAUGCCAGCAGAUUCCCAGUGUGUUGAUAAAAUAAAAGCUCUUUGUUUGGACCAUGCAAAACUAGGAGAACAAAGUCUUUCACCUUCAUUAGAAUCUCUUUUCUUUUGUUCAUCUCCAUCUGAAGUACUGUACCAUUUAGAGGUUGUGUAUUCACUUCUGAUGCCUGCAAACCAACCCAUUGGUGAAGAUGCUUUGGAAUUCCAGUACAAUUUUGUAAAGAGUGGAGGAGUAUGUUGUGUGUUGAAUAUGCUGACAAAAAAUAAUUUCUUGCCAAAUGCUAACUCUGAAAACAGGAGGUCAGCAUAUCAUACUGUACUGAAGAUAGGUAAAUUAAUGUUUACAACAGUGGGUUAUGCUAUAGUUGCAGCUGUAGCUGAAGCUUGUCAGAGUGAUUCCAACCAUCCAACGACACCUGUAUCAGUUACUACUCACAACCAUGCUAUCAUGUUACAACAAGCCCUUCAAAGUAUUCCUGAUCCAACUGCUGAGUGCAUGUUGAGAAAUGUAGCUAUCAGGCUUGGCCAGCAGACUCCAGAUGAUGCUAGACAGACUUUACCUGAUCUGACUGUUGUCAAAGCCAUUCAGAAGAUUGCUUGGGCUGCUGGUAGUGGAACAUUUCAUCUAUUACAUGGAUCAAAUGAAGAAAUUCAUAAAGCAUAUGAUAGGAGUAAAGAAUUCAAACCUCUAGAAAUAGACAUUACACUUUGCAAAGAAGCAUUAGAAGUUUUGACUUUGAGUCUAGCUCUCCAACCAGCUGCAUUAGAUGCACUGAAUAAAGACAAAGCUUGGCAGUGUUUUAUUAUUGAUCUCAUUCUGCUUUGUAGAAGCAGGCCUGUUAGAAUGGCAGCUGCUGAACAGUUUUAUAUCAUGGCUACCAAGUGUUCCAUGGGACAUAGGCCUUUGGUCUUCUUUAUUACACUUUGUUUUACAGUUUUACAGAGUACUGUCAAAGACAAUGCUAAGUCGUGUAGUGAAUAUUUUAAUCUGCUAUGUAGAUUGCUCGACUAUGCUUGUAAGGCAAACACACCAUUUCCCAACUCUGAAGCACUUCUUAAUAAUGAAAUUGAGUGGCUCAAAAAAGUCAGGGAUAGCGUUGUAACUACUGGUGAAAGUCACUGUGAGGAUGCUUUGCUUGAAGGUCACCUUGGUGUAACCAGGGAACUAUUACAAUUCCAAAAUGCAGAUAAAAAAUAUUACAUGGGUUCGAAGAAAGGAGGUCAAGACUUAAUCAAGGAAUUAGUUGAUGAUUUCCUUUUUCCAGCAUCUAAGAUGGUAUUACAAUCUAGGAAAACUGGUGAAUUACCACCUGAACAAGCUCAUCCUGUCUGUAUUAGCUCACUCACUAUCAAUGCUGCUUUUGAUCUUCUUGUUUCGUUGUGUAAAGGCUGUGUACAAAACCUUAAAGUGCUGGCUGAGAUGCUCACAGAAAUGUAUUACUCAGGUAACAUAUAACAUCGUGAUAACCCUCUACUGGAAUGGGAAUAUUUGCCACCUGUGGGUCCAAGGCCCAGAAGAGGUUUUGUUGGAUUGAAGAAUGCAGGUGCAACAUGUUAUAUGAAUUCUGUUCUUCAACAGUUAUACAUGGUACGAACAAUUAGGGUUGGUAUUCUUUCUGCUGAAGGUGCUGCCAUAGAUUUGGAAGAGGAUAUUUCAGGAGAUGAAAAGCAUGAUAAUGAGACUAACAUUGAUCCUGGUGAUACUGAUAGUCAAGAAGAUAAACCUACCAUGAGUAAACAAGAAGAAAGAAAAGAAUAUGAUCUAGGUGUACUGAAACAGGUGCAGGCCAUCUUUGGACAUCUAGCACAGAGUAAAUUACAAUAUUAUGUUCCAAGAGGUUUCUGGAAACACUUUAAGCUUUGGGGCGAACCUGUAAAUUUACGUGAGCAGCAUGAUGCUUUAGAAUUCUUCAAUAGCUUAGUUGAUAGUUUAGAUGAAUCUUUGAAGAAUUUAGGUUAUCCUGCUAUGUUAUCAAAGGUGCUAGGAGGAUCCUUUGCUGAUCAAAAAAUAUGCAAAGACUGUCCUCACAGGUAUUCAAGGGAAGAACCUUUCACUACCUUGAAUGUUGAUAUCAGACAUCAUCAGAAUUUGCUAGAUUCAUUAGAGCAGUAUGUUAAAGGAGAUUUACUAGAAGGUGCUAAUGCUUACCACUGUGAUAAGUGUAAUAAAAAGGUGGACACUGUGAAGAGGCUAUGUAUUAAAAAAUUACCGAGUAUAUUAGCCAUACAGUUAAAACGAUUUGAUUAUGACUGGGAAAGCUACAUUGGUGCCAUUGGGAACCUAAUGACCGAAACUGGACUAACAGCUAUCAUGUCUUUUGUGUUUGCUGGGGUUCCGAAAAUGCUAGUAGGCAAGAAAUUUCCUAUGUGCACGAGGGCACUCAGAAUGACGACAGAAGUGAUGCUUGAACCAAUCAUCAACAAUCUUACAGAACAAUGCUAUGGUACGUUCAUGGAUAAUUUAGAAGAGAGAGCAGAGAAAAGCAGGACGUGUGAAGAAAUACAUGAUGACAAUGAAGAUAGCAACAUAGAUAGUGAAGAUAAUGCUAAUGUUAGUACUAAAUAUAGACUAGUUGGUGUACUUGUACAUAGUGGGCAAGCCAGCGGUGGACAUUAUUACUCGUAUAUACUUACAAGGUCUGGUCCAGAGGCUCCACCAAGGUGGUACAAGUUUGAUGAUGGUGAAGUGACGGAAUGUAAAAUGGAUGAUGAUGAAGAAAUGAAGAAUCAAUGCUUUGGGGGAGAGUACAUGGGUGAAGUGUUUGAUCAUAACAUGAGAAGGAUGUCUUAUCGAAGACAGAAGAGAUGGUGGAACGCUUACAUCUUAUUUUAUGAGCGUAAAGACAUUUCAGAGAAAGAAUUGAGCAAACAAUUUCAAGAGCUAAAGAUCUCCAAAGAAGAUAAAUUACGGGUGUUGCACAGGAUGCCAUCAUCAAUAGAGAGGGCUGUGAGAAAACAGAAUAUUUAUUUUAUGCAUAACAAAACACACUUCAGUACAGAGUAUUUUCAGUUCAUGAAAAAUCUCAUACGAUGUAAUGAUUUUCAUAUACUACCACCACCUGGGCAGGAUCAACUGGUAAGUAAGUCAACUCCUGUGACAAAGUGUAAUGUAAUAAAUGUGUGAUGAUUUCUGCUGACAAUUGAUAUAUUUAGAAACAAAAAGUAUGUAAUUGUGCUUUUCAGAGGUCCUGCAAAUGAUUGGUAUGAAGCAUUGUGUUCAUUACUCAGAUACAGUAAAAACAUAAGAAGUUGGUUUGCCAAUAAUGUACUUUUUGCACACCCAACACGGUUUGCAGAGUACCUUCUGGAGUCUCCAAGUUCAGAAGUUAGAAAUGUCUUUGCCAAGAUUAUAGUAUUCCUAGCCCACUUCUCGCAUACGGAUGGGCCUUUCCCCCCACCAUUCUCUGGUCAAGUGAUUGAUUCCAAUGCGACUUUGAGUGAUCAUCUGUUGCAAUCUGUGUUGGCUCUUCUAAAGAAAGAAGUAUCUGAACAUGGUAGACAUCUUACACAGUACUUUUUGCUGUUUCAAAUGUAUGCUAAUCUAGGAGUGAUUGAGAGAACACAGUUACUGAAGCUCAAUGUUCCUGCCACAUUCAUGUUAGUUGCCCUUGAUGAGGGUCCUGGUCCCCCAGUUAAAUACCAGUAUGCAGACUUAGGAAAGCUAUAUUCUGUUGUGUCAUUGUUGAUAAGGUGCUGUGAUGUGUCUGCCAGAUGUCAGUCAUCAACAGGUAAUCCUUCUCUAUCAAAUCCCCACGGUGAUCAACAAUCGAUAAUGUUGAUCCAACCACAAGUAGUUGAAAUUCUCUAUGGCAGGGCUAGUUACGUCAAGAAACUUAUUGAAGAUUGUAACAAUCAAGAUGAAACGGUUAGGCUUCUUAGGUUUUGCAGUUGGGAAAAUCCUCACUUCUCAUCAGUUGUGUUAAGCGAGUUAUUAUGGCAAGUUGCAUAUUCCUAUAGUUAUGAGCUUAGACCUUAUCUAGAUUUACUACUUCAAAUGCUUCUACUGGAGGAUUCAUGGCAGAAUCAUAGGAUACACAAUGCACUCAAAGGUAUUCCUGAUGACCGUGAAGGUUUAUUUGAUACAAUCCAACGUUCAAAGAAUCACUAUCAGAAACGUGCUUACCAGUGUAUAAAAUGUAUGGUAGCAUUAUUCAGUAAUUGUCCUGCUGCACAUCAAAUGUUACAAUCAAAUGGUGAUCUCAAGAGAAAAUGGACCUGGGCUGUUGAAUGGUUAGGGGAUGAACUUGAAAGAAGACCGUAUCCCAGUAAUACACAGUAUACAUAUAAUAAUUGGUCACCACCUGCGCAAUCUAAUGAAACAGCCAAUGGUUAUUUCCUAGAAAGAUCUCAUAGUGCAAGAUUAACAUUAGCUAAAGCCUGUGAACUUUGUCCUGAAGAGGAACCUGAAGAUAUAGAAGUUGCUGAAGAUCAAGAUGGUUCUCCACAGGAUGAUACAGUAACUCAUUAUCAACAACAGCAGCAGCAGCAGCCACAACCACAUAUACAUCAUGUUACUCCACAAAACAAUCAGCAGAGAAUAGCACCGCAGAAUAAUCAGACUCUACAGAACAACCAACAUCCUCAUAGUUAUUCUCAACAACAUGUUGCUAAUUUACAUAAACAAAACAAUACUAUAAAUAAUGCUAUUAAUAACCAAUCCAGACCGGCAACUCAGUCACCAGAAGCUCCAGAAACUUGUGAAGAGCCUGAAACAACAGAAAUGCAAAGCAGUAACAAAGAAUAG